GGUUUAAAACAGACAGACAACUCGUGAACAAACGAGAACUAAAGAAAAUCUGCCGAUUUAGCAGAUGACGGGAGAGAGCAUAACGCUGCAAUCACAGCAAUAGUCGUCUUCGUGACGAUAAUGGAUUCAUUGUUCUUUCAAUAUCUAAAUGCCAACGCUGUCCCUUUAAAAGCAUGCCGUUGGCCAUCAUCAACAUCACCCCUCUUCUAUCCUUUCCCUCAGAGGAGCUUUAAAUCCUGGUCUACACGCAUUUUAACUCCAGCCUCCAAGCUUAAGCAACUCAGAAUUCGUAGUGAGUUCGAUGGAAAAGCAAAUGGUGCUCUCUCUGCCGACUUCGACCCCCGCUUCAUCGACCGGCAAAAAGCACUGGAAGCAGCAAUGAAUGAUAUAAAUAACUCAUUUGGAAAAGGAAGUGUUACAAGAUUAGGCAGUGCUGGUGGCGCGUUGGUUGAAACAUUUCCCAGUGGCUGUUUGACUUUAGACUUUGCCUUAGGGGGCGGCCUUCCAAAGGGGAGAAUUGUAGAGAUAUAUGGUCCUGAAAGUAGUGGGAAAACCACUUUGGCACUCCAUGCAAUUGCAGAAGUGCAGAACCUGGGAGGAAAUGCAAUGCUUGUUGAUGCGGAGCAUGCUUUUGAUCCAGCAUAUUCUAAAGCUUUGGGAGUGGAUGUAGAGAAUUUGAUUGUCUGUCAACCUGAUCAUGGCGAGAUGGCACUUGAGAUUGCAGAUCGUAUGUGCAGAUCUGGUGCCAUAGAUCUUAUCUGUGUUGAUUCUGUCUCCGCUCUCACUCCACGAGCAGAGAUUGAAGGUGAGAUUGGGAUGCAGCAAAUGGGUUUGCAAGCACGUCUUAUGAGCCAAGCUUUGCGUAAGAUGUCAGGAAAUGCCUCGAAAGCUGGUUGUACUCUUAUUUUUUUGAAUCAAAUAAGACAUAAGAUUGGUGUUUACUAUGGGAACCCAGAAGUGACAAGUGGAGGAAUAGCAUUAAAGUUCUUUGCCUCUCUUCGGCUUGAGAUACGUCCUACUGGGAAGAUAAAGUCUGUUAAAGGAGAUGAAGAAAUUGGGCUCCGGGUUCGUGUAAGAGUGCAAAAGAGCAAGGUGUCAAGGCCAUACAAGCAAGCUGAAUUUGAAAUAAUCUUUGGAGAGGGAGUGGGCAAAUCGGGUUGCAUUUUGGAUUGUGCUGAGAUGAUGGAUAUUGUGGUGAAGAAGGGCUCUUGGUAUAGCUAUGGGGACCACAGGUUGGGACAGGGGAGAGACAGAGCAUUACAGUACUUGAAAGACAAUCCUAUUCUUCAUGAUGAAAUAGAAAAGAUUGUUCGGUCAAAACUGGCUGAUGGAACGGGACAACUAAGCUCUCCACCUUUGAGGAACUCGUCAUUGCUAAAUCAACAUGAAGACGUUUAUGAGGAGAUACAAUGACAAGAAGCAAUACUGCUAGUGAUUGAAGUUGGAUGUGGGAAGAGGUAGUGAAGUAGGUUGAUUUUUUCUAGAGUGUAAACUCUAAGGCCGGUGACGUUUAGUGAAGUACUUGACAUCAUUGCCCAUCUCCCAGGGGUGAAAAUGGGUAGAGAAUGAAAAGCUAAAAGAGCAUUGUUUCUGGUUGAAAUUGGAAUUGGAACCUCUAAUGUUGUUCAUGAUGAAAGAUGGUAAAGCGGUUUUGGGGCUGCAUACUUGUUUCUCUUUCUUCGCAUCGAUUCUUAAUAUAUCAACUAGUCAGAAAAACCAAGUUAUUUAUCCUUGCAUACAUGAAUGUGGUCAAUGUAGAUUUUUUCCAUGUAGCUUACCAACUUGUUAAUGAAACAUACAAUAUAUAGAGCACAAUUCUGGAUGAUAAUUUA